UGUUUCGUUUUCAGUGCGAUCGCAGACAUUGUGCAAAACGGUUCACAGUUCUCUCCGCUCGACUGGAAGUGAAGUGAUCGUGUUGCUGUUUCUGUUUUUGUGGGAGUGCACUGGAAGAAGCCGGAGAAAUCGUGUCAAAUUAAUUGGAAUUAAAGCCUGCAGCAGAGUCACAAGUGGCAAGUGAGCAUUUGAGCUUUAUCAAUUUCGGGCGUUUCUUCGGAGGCUCGACAUAUACACACAGCCAAUCGGAACGAGAUCUGUAGCGAGGGUCGCACCAUGGAUAGUGUCAAGUCGUUCUUCGCCGGUUCCAGCAAAGAUGGAAACCUGUCGAACAACCGACAGUCGAAUGUUCCCGGAUCCUCCGUCAGCAGCCGCUGGGGACGGAGCUGGAGCACCAGCUCCCAGCACACGGAUCCCGAACCAGGACCCUCCAAUUCCAAUGUCAGCAAGAGCGGAAAUCCCUGCGAUGUGAAGCGCAAGGAUAGUGACAACUACUUCUACAUUAUGUGGCGCGCUUGAAGAAUACCAGACGAUUGUGGAUUUGUGGAUCGGAGCAUCAGUCGGAUGAGUCGAGAUCCGUAUCUCAAGUGACCUGCAGCUAUAUCUGUAACCCUAU